ACAGGGACCAGCGAUCCUCAAAAAAAAUUGUCUAAGGUUCGCACGCGGUGCUCAGAAAGACUCGCGGGAAGUCGACUGCGCGCGGUCAUUCUCGUUCUUACGAUGCGAGCGAGAAUGUAGCGACACGUCCGGAGAACGAGGACAGAUCGAGGAGCAUCCUUCGUUUUCGCGAAGGACCUCGAAUUUACUCGCCGGCUUUAUCUCGCUCGAGUAACGCCAAGGCACACACGGACACGACACACAUACACAUACACACAUACGUACCUAAUACCCGCGAGCUCGAGAAUCCCACGUUACGUAACAUGGUAGAGAGCACUUAUGCGAGCGACUCGCCGAGAUCACGCUCGCCCAUGACGGAGCCGUCGAGUCCGCUGCACUCGGAUGGUCCCGGUAUAUCCGGCUACGGUCACAGCUAUCUCUACAGCUACUCGCCGGACGCGCAGAAUCACGUCGCGGUGGCGACGAGGCGCAACAAUCAGAACGAGACGGUCGCCGCCGAUGCCGUGCACGAGCGCACGUUCGCCAGGAGUCCGAUCGGCACAUCGGAGGAGACGAUGCCGCGGCACCGGCACGGUGCGCGCGAACCGGUCGUUCCCUCGCGACCCGCGACCGGCACCUCCGCCUCCACCAUGUCGUCCCCCACCUCGCUCUUCACCAUCGACAGUAUCCUGGCGCCGAGGCCGAUCGGCAACGUCGUCGCGCCCACCAGCACCACCACCGUCGCCGCAUCCGUGAUCCAGACGCCGGAGACGAUCGAGUCGGCCGCCGGUCGCACCACCACCGCGGCGAUGCACCCCCUGCAACAGCAGCUGCACCACUUGGCGUUCACCUCGGCGGAUUUUCUUGAAAUGCCAAAUGUUGAACUGUGCUUAUUUCAGGUGUGGUUUAAGAAUCGUCGCGCCAAGUGGCGGAAGCAGAAGCGGGAGGAGCAGGACCGCCUUCGGAAGCUGCAACUGGAGCAGCGUCAGCGUACCGACGACGGCGGCACCGCGACGACGGUGAUGGUGGGCGAUCGUCUGAGUCUGAACAGGCAGCAGCAGCAGCAGCAGCAGCAGCAGCAACAGCAGCAGCAGCACCACCACCAGCAGCAGAAGCUCGAGCAGGACACGGACAGCUCCGACCUUGAGGUAGCGUAGUGCGGCCGUGACGACGACGAGACGCGACGAGUCUCGCUCAUCGAUAAGGUCGAGGAGGUCGAGGACGAUGGAAGACGGCGACCGGUGCUUUCGCGCUCUUAUCGACAUGAACGUGUAUGAGCAUGUACAUACGUGAUUGCGUUGUAAAUACCAUUGUAAAUAUUGACUAACGAUCAAUGUGUACAAUACCGAAAUAAAUUAUUGCAUCGAAGCACGAAGAGAGCGAUGUGGUCGUCUGGUCCCCCUUGUGCGCUUUCCUCCACGCGUCUUCCAGAAGAGAAGGAUACUUUCCUUUCUCUUUUUAUUAAAUAAAAUUAAAUUUAUUUAUUUAAAUUAGAG